GGGAUUAAACUUCUUUACCGUGAGGACGUUGCUGCGAGCGAGCGAACGAGCGCUCCCCGGACCCGUACCCUUACGAGGAAACGCUCCUGAAGUUUGACCAUGCUGCGUACCGUGCUGACUCGAACUUUCCCUCAACUGUCGAGGAUCUCGGCGUGCCAGUACAGUGCUGCCGCCAUCCCUGCACCCAGCUCCCAACCAGACGUGCAUUUCAACAAGCUCUUCAUCAAUAACGAAUGGCAAGACGCGGUCAGCAAGAAGACCUUCCCCACCGUCAACCCAGCCACCGGAGAGGUCAUCUGCCAGGUCGCAGAGGGAGACAAGGCCGAUGUUGACAAAGCCGUUAAGGCAGCCAAGGAUGCAUUCCGACUGGGAUCCCCAUGGAGACGCAUGGACGCAUCACACCGCGGCCUCCUGCUCCACCGAUUGGCCGACGCCAUAGAGAGAGACACCGCUUACUUGGCGGAACUGGAGACACUGGACAAUGGGAAGCCGUACGCUGUGUCCUACAUGGUGGAUGUCCCCAUGGUGGUCAAGUGUCUCAGGUACUAUGCUGGAUGGGCUGACAAGUGGGAGGGGAAGACCAUCCCCAUCGAUGGAGAUUACUUCUGCUACACCAGGCACGAGCCCAUCGGGGUGUGUGGACAGAUCAUCCCAUGGAACUUCCCUCUCCUGAUGCAGGCAUGGAAGCUGGGGCCGGCGCUGGCCACGGGCAACACGGUGGUGAUGAAGGUGGCCGAGCAGACGCCCCUCACGGCCCUCUACGUAGCAAACCUCAUCAAGGAGGUGGGCUUUCCGGCUGGGGUGGUGAACAUCAUCCCUGGCAUGGGGCCCUCCGCUGGGGCGGCCAUCGCCUCGCAUCAAGAUGUGGACAAGGUGGCCUUCACUGGAUCCACCGAGGUAGGUCACCUGAUCCAACAGGCGUCUGGGACCAGUAACCUGAAGAAGGUCACCCUGGAGCUGGGAGGCAAAAGCCCAAACAUCAUCCUCUCAGACGCAGACAUGGAGGUGGCGGUGGAGCAGGCCCACUUUGCUCUGUUCUUCAACCAGGGCCAGUGCUGCUGUGCCGGCUCCCGCACCUACGUGCAGGACAGCAUCUACGACGAGUUUGUGGAGCGCAGCGUGGAGAGGGCCAAGAACAGGGUGGUGGGGGACCCCUUCAACCUCAAAACAGAGCAGGGACCUCAGGUGGAUGAGGAGCAGUUUAAGAAGAUCCUGGGCUACAUCAGCAGUGGGAAGCGUGAGGGAGCCAAGCUGAUGUGUGGAGGGGACGCGGCGGCCGACCGGGGCUACUUCAUCCAGCCCACCAUCUUUGGAGGGGUGCAGGACAACAUGACCAUCGCCCGAGAAGAGAUUUUCGGCCCGGUCAUGCAGAUCCUGAAGUUCUCGUCUCUGGAGGAGGUUCUGGACAGGGCCAACGACAGCCAGUAUGGCCUGGCGGCUGCCAUCUUCACCAAGGACCUGGACAAAGCACACUACCUCUCCAACGGCCUCAGGGCAGGAACCGUCUGGAUAAACUGUUAUGAUGUGUUUGGUGCCCAAGCUCCAUUUGGGGGUUACAAGAAAUCCGGUAAUGGCCGCGAGUUGGGAGAGUAUGGCCUGGACAAUUACACAGAAGUCAAAACGGUGACGAUCAAAGUUCCACAGAAGAAUUCGUAAGGCUUGAGAAUCAAUGCUUCCCAGGCCACACUGAAGGCGUACUAUUCUGCAGAUUCAUUAUCGAUCAAUGUAGCACUCACUUCAGAAUCAUUGUAAUUGAUGGCUGUACGUCACAUGCCCAGUCAUUGAGUGUAAUUAUUUUAAUUCUGCCAAGUAAAGCGGAGCCAGACUGAUGCCCCCCCCUUAUGGACAUCAGUAAGGACAACUUUACAAAGCACUUGAUGAAUCAUGCACAAGCAAUGAUUCUCCAAACAGCAUGAGCUUAUUUUGUUUUAUUUUGUUGGUGAGUGCAAGUAUGAAGUGUACAUUUUUACAAAAGGUGAAAAAAUGUGACUUUUGUCUAUUAAAAUGCUUUGAACACUGA